CCGAGCGAAAAAAAAGGGUGAACAGCAACUGACUAAGCUAAUUACCAGCUCUGGCAGGGUUGCGCAGACCAGAGGCCUUAAGCGAGAUGCACAAUUCUCGAGAUGGAAUUCAGGCCCGCUAGAACACCUAGCUCAUGCUCACAGCGAGACUCUUUCUGCUGAGUGAGGGCGGAAGCGCAAGCAGAUGCGUUUACAACAGUUUCCGUAUCAGCGUAUGCCCUUGAUGGGGGUUCAGUGAUGACCGAGAAUGAGGUGAGUGGUAAUCUCACACAUACUUUCCAGGAUGUAUCCGAUCAUGGCCAAGUUCUGUCGGAGAAGCCCUAGUGUGAGUAUGCCCUUAGGGGUGGUUGGAUGUGACCAUAAGUACAGGCGGAUGCAUUCAUGGAAACCUUGGUACAAGCAUCUUUUCUUGGGGUUCAAUACCUUAACCGAGGUGUAGGAGGGACUUGGAAUUGGGCAACACCCAGAGGCGGUUCACAUUGGGUGCCAGGUUCAGCGGGGCACUUGCAAUGGGCGGAGAUGUGAAUGCACUGAGAGUGGGGCAAAGACAAAGAGGGGCCGCAGAUUUGAUUCCAUAUUCGGAGGAAGCCUUUCAAAAACGAACUCAGCUUGAUGGAGAACCUUGGGUCGACUUGGAUUGAGGCAAGACUCGGAGGGUGUUCGCCUCUGUGACAAGACUGAAAAAAAGAAAAGGACACACAGUUACAAACCCCAUGCGAGAUUGAGCAGCAGCUCAUUUGUGAGUCGAAGACCUACCGGGCCCACGGAAUUGAUGUUGGAGGCUGCAGUGACAGUUUACUUUGAUCUGUAUGUAUUAAGAUUCAACAGGAGCUAACAUGUGAGGCAGAACUGAGAGGGGAAUUUACAUCUCGGAAAGACUCUGAGAGAACUCAGACAUCAGGCCAACAAGGUUGAGGGGUGAUUAUGCCUGAGGCAGACUCGAACGGAUCUAAAUCUUGGUGCAGAGAUGAUCGUCAAAAUCUAACUGGUGAAUUCUUUUUAUUUCUGUGGGAAAGGGGUGUGCCUAAAGCGCCAUGGCUGGUUUGAGGUGCACAAGGGGGAACAACUGGAGCAGAAAAGCUGAUUUUGUUCUUGGUGAAGGUACUGCUUUACUUUAUACUGGACUCGACUCCGUGUCGCUUCAUCCCAACUCAGAGCAGAUGGUUAAUGAAUAUAUGGAAGGCCACAGGCUGAAGCCCACCUGAAAGAGCAUGCAGGGCGACCUUGGUUGUAGGGAACACUUGAGGAGGGGUUGCUCAAUUAUCCAGUUGAGCGACUUGCAGUCAAGAAAUGGGCUGCUCCACAUGUGUGUGCGCGGCGCUGUCAAGAGUCAUCAGGAUGGAAUGGGAUGGCAUGGUCUCUGCACAUUGGUGUAGCAAGAGGUUGUUCAUGCAGUCCAGCAAGGGGAUCGGUCAGGCCUCUUGCUGCAAAUCCUGGAGAAAGGUUUCCAGUCGGAGGAUUCUGGAUGGGAUUGAGAGGUGGGACCUGGAAGUUAAGGUAGGAUCAGUGUGAGCACAGUGAAGGACACAUACGUCAUUGUGGGAAAAGAUGGCGAUUGACGAGGCAGCAGUGCUUGUGAGCACUGUGAAGGAAGAAUAUACGUUAUCGUGGGAAAAGAUUGCGAUUGGCCAGGUAGUGUUGCUUGUGAGCACAGUGGAGGAAGAAUACAUCAUUGUGGGAUAAAAAAAGCGAUUGGCCAGGCAGGGUUGCUUGUGAGCGUUUCAAGGCUACAUUCCAAGGCGGUUUGCCAGGCAGGCAGUUGGACCUAACUGUGUAAGGUAUGAAGGAUAGUACCAACGGGCCUAGCGCCGCUGGCACACCCGUAAACUGUUGAAAUACAGACCUGAGUUCGAAUCCAGAUGGAACUUGAUGAACAAAGAUUCCUUAAUAACGAGGAUCAACGAAAGGGGUAUCAGGUAUGGUAAGCUGCUGUCGCGAAGUCAUUCAUUGCAAAUGAGGUCGCAUGUGCCAAGACCCGAUCACGGCCUGCAUUGUCGCCUUGCUCUAUCAGCAUCGGCAUGGUCAUGCCAGUUUUGUAUGUCUGACAGAAGUGAUGGAAUGCAGCACUCGGUCGUCAUAGAUUCAUCACACAGACCGCCCAAACAGGUAAAUAGUGGGAAUACCUGCUUGCCAUGAAGUGGGCAUGAAGGGGAAGGGGGGGGGAGGGGGGGGGAUGUGGACAAAGGGAUGUGUACCGAUCAGGAGGUUCCUGCCAUCUCACAACUGGCUGUGACAAAUAGUUCUUGCUGCCAAGAACCAAGACUGAUGUUUCAUGGCGACCCUCCUGAAGCCUAGGAGGUUGGCAAAUGGUCUGCUAAGCCGUGUGGCUUCUACAGGAUCAGUGGUUCCGUGUGGCAUCUUGCAAGUGCUCUGCUCAUGAGCCGUGGGGCUUCUUCAGGACCAGUGGUUCAACGUGGCGGCAUCUGACGACUUGCUGUGACAAGUAGUUCAACGUUGCCAAGGUUGACGAGUGAUGUUUCGUGCAGAGCCUCUGGAAACCCAGGAGGCUGGUGUUAAGUAUGCGAGUUCUACAGGACCAGUGAAGUUGUUCAGUGUGGCGGACACAGUUUCAGCGGCAGGAGUAACAAAGCUGCCUCGGUUUUGGAAUUAAUUGUGUGUGAAGUUGUGAACGAAAAAAAAGCGAAAGUGUGCGACUGCUACGAUGCUGAUUAGACAGCUCAGGGAAGGCGUGGCAUAGCGGAGAGAGGGUCGACCGCAAGAUUGGAGGGUAGGGCAGGAGCUUGUAGGGUAAAUUACCAAAUUGUGUGGUCGGCGCUGCGGGUGCGGAGAUGUGCAGGACGGCAGCGAGGCAGAAUGAGAGAAUGUCUGGAACUGAAGUGGCGGGGCCUUCUUCAGGAUCAGCGAACCGUAGGGGGGUGGUAAAUUGCACGGUGGGCCUGGCGGGUCCUUAAGGACCUUGUUGGGGGAGGAGUUAUGCGUUCCUAAUUGUCUGACAGCUGUGGUGAAGGACAGGGUUGCUGGUGUUUUCGGUGUAUUGAUGUGAAAGAAAGUUGCUCCAGAAACAAGAGAUGGAAGAAGGGUUAAUUUGACGGGGGUGUCAACGGGUAGAAAAACUACCUCACCGCCUGGCUGCACGAGAGGGUAAGCGCGAGCAGGUAGAUUCGAGAUGCACAGCAGGACGUUUGGUUCCAGUCAAUCCCCUCUCUUUGCCACCAUCGGUCUGCAUCCGGUUCACUUUGGUAUGGCCGGCAAAACCGUGAGAAGUUUGUGCUCAAGGGUGUGUAGACCAUUCAUGUUGAAUGAAUGCUUCUACUAUUAAUCAGUUGAGAGGGGGGCUUCAGUGGCAUUUAUAGUCGAUCCCCUCUCUAUUUGACACCUCCAGUUUGUGUUCAGUUCGCAAUGUACGAUCUGAGUCAUCUGACACUUACCAAUUGAUACUCUUUGAGACAUGGGUGGCUGUCCGCUUGAUGCCGCUACCAUUUCAGUCUUUGUGCUCUGCUACGUGUGCUAUCUCAGGCGCCUUCAGAGUUAUUUCCUGCGGGAAAUGCACAGCGACAAACGUGGACAGGUGCACGUAAAGGCGGCCUGGCACGUGAGCUGCUCUGCUGUGUGUGCUGCUAAGGCACUUUUCGUGACAAGCCACCUAUCGAUGAAUGAAUGCUGCAUUUAGAUGGCGGCGGCAUAAGAGAAUGCGAGGAUGUGUUUCAUGGGAAUGGCUGGUUCCAGCAGGCAGGUCAGUGGUAAGUGUUGGUAAGAAGGUGAGAAAGGUGGAGAGGGGAGGGGAGGGGAGGGGAGGAGGGGUCUUUUGAAUGCCUGUGUGCCAUCGUCAUUAGUCAGUCUAGAUUUACUGCUGCUACGCCGCCAGUACUACUUUUUGACUACAUACUCGUACCACUACUGCCACUCACUGCUGGUUUUGUGGCAGAGUCUACUGCUACUGUACUGCGCCAUGAGAAUGCGAGUCAUGUUUGUAGAGCGACAGGUCACGGUUCCGUUGCAUGGCGUGUGUGUGUAGCUCCUCUAUAUAUCAUCUGAAAGGUCCUGUCUUGUUGUUGCUGCCGAUGUGAUGUUCUACUUCUACAAGUUUACUGCAAAUUGCAUUGCAAAGCUGUGUGUUAGUCUUCAUUUCGCUGAAGCAGCGUCAUCAUCGUCGGUGGUCUCGGCGUCCCCUGACCAUUGACGGCGCUUCAGCGACCCUUGACAGUGCUAGUUUGCCUGUUCGUUUUGCAAACGAACUUGCUGGCGUGUGACCUGGCGUGAAGUUUGUGUUUUUUUUUUUUUUUUUUUGAAUUUAUCAUCUGGAGCAGCAGUUGGCGUGCGGUUGAGCUUUGGAGGCUUCUGUGCUUCACAAAACAAACUGGGCAAUCUCGUGAUGGAAAAUGAUGGAAUGCCAUCAUUUCAUCCAUCCUCGCGGUUCAUUGCCUUAGUUCGUCCGCGUAGUGUUGUUGUCUUGAUGAACCACAUGGCACUAAAAUGGGGUGUCCACUGUCCUUUCCUUUUCCUUCCUUGGGAGCGGUUCUUAGUUUUGAGUGAGGGGUCUGUUAGGGUUGUUAACUUGUUAGUUGCAUUGAUAAAUAGCAGUGGAAUGUUGUCAACUUGUCACAGCCUCACAGGACUGUUGUGGCACUAGUACUCUGGCCAUCCAGUCGACUGUGGUUUCUCUCUUGUACAUAAUUCGUCUCCUUUUUCUCUGAGCUUGUGAUACCUCAGAAAUUCUCCGAAGUCCGUUUUCUUCGUCGGUGUUCUUGCGAUUAAGC